CUCGCCUGCUGACAGACAUCCUAUCCGACAGCCAGAGAGAGAGACGGGAGAGAGCAGGAGCAGAGAUAGAGAGAGAGAGACAGAGAGAGAGAGAGAGAGAGAGCGAGAGAGAGAGAGAGAGAGAGAGAGAGAGAGAGAGAGAGAGAGAGAGAGAGAGAGAGAGAGAGAGAGAAAGAGAGACGGAGAGAGAGAGACAGAGAGAGACAGACAGAGAGAGAGGAGGCAAGAGAAGGAGAGAAGGACUGAGAGGAGGACCUAAAGGAGGACCGCUUCGUGGACUAUUGUUCAUCCAGAGAUCAGACUUAGCGUUGAACCGACAACCUCCGGAGCUUAGAAAGAGACAGGAUGGAGGAAGACCAGGACGAGGGGCAGACCCAGAAAGGGUGUCUGGAGUGCUGCGUGCGAUGUCUGGGGGGCGUCCCCUACCCGUCUCUGAUCGCCACCGUGCUGCUCUACGCGGGCGUGGCCCUGUUCUGCGGCUGUGGCCACGAGGCGCUGUCCGGCACCGUGUCCAUCCUCCAGAACUACUUUGAGGUGGUCCGCAGCCCGGUGGACACGCUGGACGUCUUCACCAUGAUCGACAUCCUGAAGUAUGUGAUCUACGGCGUGGCCUCCGCCUUCCUGGUGUACGGCGUGCUGCUGAUGGUGGAGGGCUUCUUCACCAGCGGCGCCAUCAGGGACCUCUACGGAGACUUCAAGAUCACCGCCUGCGGCCGCUGUGUCAGCGCCUGGUUCAUCCUGCUGACGUACGUCUUCAUGCUGGCCUGGCUCGGGGUCACUGCCUUCACCGCGCUCCCCGUCUUCAUGUUCUUCAACAUCUGGAACAUCUGCCAGAACACCACCAUGCUGGAGGGCACUUCCCUCUGCCUGGACCCCCGGCAGUAUGGUAUGGUCCCGAUCUCUGACGCCCGGACGGUUUGCUCUGGAUCCGACAAGUUCCUCAAGAUGUGUGAAUCCAACGAGCUGGACAUGACCUUUCACCUCUUCAUCUGCGCCCUGGCGGGGGCGGGAGCUGCUGUCAUCGCUAUGAUCCACUACCUCAUGGUGCUGUCGGCUAACUGGGCGUAUGUGAAGGACGCGUGCCGCCUGCAGAAGUACGAAGACAUCAAGAACAAGGAGGAGCAGGAGCUCCACGACAUCCACUCCACCCGCUCCAAGGAGCGCCUCAACGCCUACACCUAGACCCCAACCUCAGCUCCACCCUCCAGCCCCUACACCUAGACCCCCACCCCCAGCCCCUACACCUAGACCCCCACCCUCAAUGCCUACACCUAAACCCCUACCCUCAGCCCCAAUCCCCCAGCCCCUACACCCCCACCCUCAGCCCCAGAACAUAGACCCUGACCCCAACCCCCAUCCCCACCCUCAGCCACUUCACCUAGACCCCCACCCUCAGCCCCAGAACAUAGACCCUGAGUCAGCUUCACCCCACCAGCUACGCUACACCUCCACCGGUAUGCCUCCACCUGUCUUUUCUAUGCCUAUCCACCUCUCUACCUGUCUCUCUAACUUUCUCUUUGUCUCUCUCUCCCUACCUGUGUCUCUACCUGUCUCUUUCUCUUUCUCUCUCUACCUUUCUCCUUCUGUCUCUCUCUCUCUCUGUGUGGUGGAGGGGCGUGUCUGGCUGCUCUGUGGUCACAUGACCCUACCCUCACCAUGGUUGCUAUGACGAUAUAUAGUCGGUUCUCACUGAUUGGUUGAGUGCAGCUCGUUGUUCAGUGAAACACCACGUGGGCUAGUGUUGAUGUUGUCAUUAUUAUCUCCAGCAGGGAGGUCGGGGGUCUUUAAGGUUUGAAGCACAUUGAAGCACAAUCUGUCUGUCUGACAUCCCUCCAGCCCACAGAGGGGGAGGAGCCUCUGGGGGGGGGGGGAGGAGCCUCGUUUUAAGCUUGUGAACCGGGAGCCGACCAGAACAGAAACCAAAUGAAUGACAGGAAGUCCAUCUAGUGCGCCCCCCCCCCCCCCGCGCGCUAGACAGAACGCUGUCCAAUCAGAGGUGAGCCUCGCCCACGUCGAUAAAUCUAUUUUCUGAUAAGUAGGCUAGAGAACCUGUCCCGUUGAGAUGAACUGUGAGUGAGUGGAGCAUUCGUUGGGUUUCUGUUCCGACCCAUCCAGCUUCCACUGAUCGCUGUACUGUACCUGAACCGAGAGGCGACACCAGGAAACAAGGUCGUAGAUCUGAUAGGAGUCUCGGUACCACAGCUGUGAAACAGUCUGGUCGCCACGCCAACCACCCCGACGUGGAGCCAACAUGGCCGACUACUUCGUUGCCUGGCAACACGGUGUCGUUGUUUUCCUGAGGCCUGGUGCACUUUUGGCCCGCACGUCUCUCUGUGUUUAGUGCUGUGGUGUUCGGACCCUGAUGUACAGUGAGGUGAAUACUGUGAGUGUAGCUGUUCUUCGUGGCAUGGACGUGCAUUAAUUAAUAUUGUGAACUUUAAGCACUUGUUUCUUUCUAAACCUCUUCUUCUGACUGUCUUGCCGGACUAGCUUGUUGCGUGCGCUAACCCCCCAUUCGUCCUGCAUUAUGCUAUAAGUGAAUAGAAACGUAGUGUUUCGGUCGUCCGUUCAGUUCGUUACCUCCUCUCCCCGUCAGUCUUGCUAACUCCGUAGCCAUGGAAACCAGGUGAUCAGCCACUUCCUGUUGUAGUUUUUUUGUACCAUCACCCAGAAUGCUCGGUUUUGUAUUGCCAUGUGCCAAUCGGUCAUGUUCGACCUACGAUCAAAUCUGCUUGCGUAAAUAAAAUGAACUUGUGAACUUGUUAAUAA